GGAGCACCAAGUAGACGAUCAAGAACUGCCUGAAAUCUUUUUCGUCACUCAGAGAUUAUGAAGAUCAUGUCGCGCCUGGUCCUGGCGCUCGGGUCGAGACGAGGCCUGCUUCGCUCCUUUAGCUACUUCUAGAAGCUGUGAGGGCGCCACACACCAACGCCUCCCGCAUCAAGCGCCGGUUCACCAUCAUGGAGGGUUACACCCUCCACUUCUACCCGAUCGACGAAGCGCUCUCCUGUCUUCAGAAAGCCAUUAGGCGAGGACAAGAGGAUGCUGCAGCUUUCUGGACCGCUGAACUGCAUGUCAGCGAACUUGGACAGGUAGCGAUGAAUCGCAUGCUCAUCAUGACUUUGGAAGACGUUGGGAUAGCUGCUCCAGAGAGUGUUGAGGUGGUGGCGACGCUUAGACACAAAUACUCCAAAGCGUUGGCAAAGCAACUGCUGAAGAAGGUGGAAAAGAAAAGCGGGGAGAAGCAAGGAAAUAAGUUGAGGUUUGUAUUUUAUUUGGCUUGUUUGGUGGCAUUUCGACGGUCGGGGGCAAACGAUGGAUCCAUUUCUUUGGUCGAUUUAUUUUCCUCUACUUCGUAAUAAAUUGAUUUCAACUACUGGGAAAAGGCAUUAUCUGCGUGCUCAAAAAUGACCCGAGCGUCAUGAAUUAACCCGUCUAAGUAGUAACAAAGCAGUCAAAGUCGACGAUGAUGCUGCUAAAAAGAAAAGUGCUGCAGAAAGGGCUGCAGCUGCAAAACAGGAAGCUAUUGCUCAACGCAUUGAGGAUACCACCAACAAUAUCAACAAAGACCUGCGAGCCCUGAUUGACAACAACGCAUCUGCGGACGACUACGUGGAAGCCUGGGCAGCAGAAGGCGAAGAUGCUCUAGAAGAACGACAUUGCAUGCUACUCAUCAUGUCUACUGCGGUUUACUUAUGGCACAAAGAAGAAUACGAAUGUGAGAAGCGUAAGAAAGACCAAGAUAAUCAUUGCCGAGAAAGAUUAAGAUAAAUCUUAGGCAGAUUGCCGAGUAGAUCUAGAUUCGCAUCAUCAUCGAGGUAGAUCAUUGUUUGCGCCGUCAGUGCUGGCCUCUUUUCAGGGCACUUCUUGAACAGGGAGUCGCAGCAAAAAGAAUGGUAAGUAGUUGUAUCAAAAAGAAAAAGAAUGUAACUACUUCAUCUACAACGUGCAUCAUGUCCUCACGACAAGUCAUGUACAUCGAUGCUGCACUAGCUAGUGCCUCUAAUCUCCAUAUGUCGUCUACCUAAGACGCGUGCUACUUGUGUCUUAAGCGUUUGGCUUCGCGGAGUCUGGGAAGAGGCGGUGCAACGAACGAAGCAAGCGUCUUCUGUAAGGACGCAGGCAUUGUUGGUGGGAAGUGGUAAAUGGUUUUCUCCUCUGCUAGAUGUGAGAUGAGUAUUGAUGUGAUUUUUGUCAUUGUUUUUGAUCUUAAAUAAAUGUUCUCUUCCUGAUGAAGAUCUUGAAUCAUUUUUGUGCUUAUCCUGGCUCAGCUGUACGGCCUCCGUAACGUUUGUAUAACGUAAAAUGAGGUUCCCUGACAUGACAUCAUUCCCUUUCAUCCUCCAAAGAAUUUCAAGGUUCCUCAAGUCUCCGUGCCAUGCCUGGUGCCUUAUCGUCCGAUGGCAACAUCAAUAUUCAAGAGGAUAUUAUCGACCGUCUAGUUCUACCACCUGCGUCGAAGAGUACAGGGAUGAAAUCUCCCACAUCAUCAAAUAAAACCACGAAAGUGGGAGACGAGUAUCUUGACGAUAUUAGGCAUAAUGAGACACUGGGAGCGUAUCUCCAUGCUACUGCGAAUCCGGUCACUGAAGAAGAGCUAGAGGUGAUCGCUGCUGCGGAGCGUGCGCUGCGAAAGUUGCCACCAGGUGCUACCAAACGGAACAAGCCACCGCCUAGACCUUCGAUCUCCCCACUCGUUGGCGCAGACACCGUGAUCAAAACGUUCGCACGAACGUUGAUGAAGUUUCAGAGCUGGCUGCGAGACGUACUGCCACACGGGCUCAAGGAAUCCAAAGACGAAGCUCAAGCGAAGCCUAAGAGGACCUUAGAAUUCAUCAAGAUGGAGAGGCUUGCUAAAGCGGAACAAAGAAAAUCCGGGACCGAUCCGAGUAUGACUUAAUGGGUAUGAUGUCCUUUAUUCGUCGCUGGAAAAAUAUCUUUUGUUGC